AUGCUUCUUCAGCUUCUAACUCUGAUUCUGUGGAGUCCAGCCUGGGCCCAGCAGUUUCCUGAGUUCCCAGAUGUGUGCACAGAGGGCAGCUGCUACCCAGCCACAGGUGACCUCCUGAUCGGCCGAGCUCACAAACUCAGCUCCUCAUCGACCUGUGGCCUGAAGCAGCCAGAGCGCUUCUGCAUUGUGGGGCAUCUGGAGGAAGAAAAGAAAUGCUUCCAGUGUGAUUCUCGACGGAUGUACGACGAGCACAGAAACUCCCAAAGCCACACCAUCGAAAACGUUGUCACCACUUUCGCUCACAAUCGUCUCAAGACCUGGUGGCAGUCAGAAAACGGUCAAGAGAAUGUUACUAUCCAACUGGACCUGGAGGCUGAGUUUCACUUCACACAUCUCAUCAUGACUUUCAAGACAUUUCGUCCUGCUGCAAUGGUGAUUGAGAGGUCCAUGGACUUUGGGAAUAAAUGGCAAGUGUACCGCUACUUUGCCUAUGACUGCAAGUCCUCCUUCCCGGAUGUGUUCGCUGGGCCAAUGGUCAAAGUGGACGACAUUAUCUGCGACUCGCGCUACUCUGAUAUCGAACCAUCUACAGAGGGAGAGGUGAUCUUCCGCGUGCUAGAUCCAGCUUUUGAGAUUGAAGACCCCUAUAGCCUGAGGAUACAGAACAUGUUGAAGAUCACAAACAUCAGAGUAAACUUUAUCAAGUUGCACACGUUGGGCGACAACCUGCUGGACUCUCGUGAUGAAGUCAAGGAGAAGUACUACUACGCCCUGUUCGACAUGGUGGUCCGGGGGAACUGCUUCUGCUACGGCCACGCCUCGGAAUGUGCGCCGAUUGAUGGAGCACCAACAGGAGCUGAUGGCAUGGUUCACGGUCGCUGUGUCUGUAACCACAACACUGAGGGUCUGAACUGCGAGCGCUGCCAGGACUUCUACCAUGACUUGCCGUGGCGGCCCGCCGAGGGUCGCAACACACAUGCUUGCAAGAAGUGCGAGUGUAAUGAACACUCCACGACCUGCCAUUUCGACUUGGCUGUGUACAAAACAAGUGGCAAUGCGAGCGGAGGCGUGUGCGAAAGCUGCCAGCACAACACGGUGGGGCGCCAGUGUGAGCAGUGCAAGCCCUUCUUCUACCAGCACCCCAACAGGGACCUGAGGGACCCCAAUGUGUGUGAACCGUGUAACUGUGACCCGUCCGGAUCUCUUCAUGGAGGUUUGUGUGACGCUCGCACCGAUGUUUCUGCUGGACUGAUCUCAGGUCAGUGUCGCUGUAAAGCCAACGUGGAGGGAGAGCGCUGUGACCACUGCCGCCCCGGACACCACGGCCUGGGAGAGGGGCCCGAGGGCUGCCUGCCUUGCACCUGUAACCCACUGGGAACUCUGCCUGGAGGAAGCCCAUGUGAACCAAGCUCAGGAAGUUGUUUCUGCAAACGCCUCGUACUGGGACACAACUGCGAUCAAUGCAUGCCGGAACACUGGGGCUUGUCCAAUGAUAUGGAUGGAUGCAGACCAUGUGACUGUGACCAAGGUGGUGCGGUUAAUAAUAACUGUGACCCAUACAGUGGACAGUGUGUUUGCCGGGAGCAUAUGUACGGUCGCCAAUGUGACCAAGUCGAGUCUGGCUUUUACUUUAUUGCUUUGGACCACUACACAUAUGAGGCUGAGGAUGCCAAUCACGGACCGGGUGUCACUGUGGUGCCGAGGCCUUAUCCUUUGGACCGCAGCCCUACAUGGACCGGCAUGGGCUUUGUAAAUGUUCCUGAAGGAGCUUACCUUGAGUUCAACAUAAACAACAUCCCAGAGUCCAUGGACUAUGAUAUCCUUAUCCGCUAUGAGCCCCAGCUGCCAGAGCAGUUGGAUCAAGUGAAUGUGCGAGUCCAACGACCUGUCUUUAACCCUCCUAACUACUCCGGCCACUGCAGCAGCUCCAGCCGUGGAGCAGAUGAGCAGUACCUUUCUCUGCCACCUGGAUCUCGACAUGUGCAGCUGAAUCGCCCUGUGUGCUUUGAAAAAGGACUUAACUACACAGUUCGUGUCAGUCUUCCCCGGUACUCAUCUGUGAGAGACGACAACAAUCCUUACACUCUUAUAGACUCAUUGGUGUUGAUGCCCCGGGUCAAGGAGCUCAACAUAUUCGAUGGGACAGACGGAGAAGGGGCUUGGGACACCUUUCAGCGCUACCGCUGCCUUGAAAGCAGCCAGAGUGUUGUGAAAAGCCCUAUGACUGACAUCUGCAACGACUACAUUUUCAGUGUCUCUGCGCUGCUUCAUAAAGGAGCCAUGGAGUGUCAGUGUGACCCACAGGGCUCCCUAAGUGCUGUGUGCAAAGCGAAUGGCGGACAAUGUCUAUGUCGACCUAAUGUCGUUGGCAGGAACUGUGAGCACUGUGCUCCAGCAACUUUCCUCUUCAGUCCAGCUGGCUGUCGACCUUGUGACUGCGACCCUCGGGGAUCAGUCAGUGCUUUUUGUCAUGAAGCUACAGGACAGUGUCAGUGUGUCCCAGGAGCCACUGGGCGCCAGUGUUCCCACUGUCUGCCUGGCUUUUGGGGCUUCCCGCACUGUAGGCGAUGCCAGUGCAACGGGCACAGUGACUACUGCCAUCCGCAGACAGGAGAGUGUCAAGAGUGCAGAGGUUUCACUGCAGGACAUCAUUGUGAACGAUGUUCGGAUGGUUACCACGGUAACCCUGAGCUGGGUUCUGGGGGUCACUGCCGCCCCUGCAUGUGCCCAGACGGUCCCCGCAGCGCACGGCAGUUUGCUGAUAGUUGUUACCAUUUGGACCACAGUAACCAGCUGGUGUGUGUGUGUAAUCCCGGAUACAGAGGAUCCAGGUGUGACGAGUGCGCUCCUGGUUAUUUUGGCAAUCCGCUGGUGCCCGGAGGCCGCUGCUUGCCCUGUCAGUGCAACAACAACAUAGACAUGCACGACCCGGGCGCCUGUGACACUCGCUCUGGGGCCUGUCUCAAAUGCCUGUACCACACACAAGGCUAUGGGUGUCAGCACUGCAGACUUGGUUUCUAUGGCAAUGCGGCCACUCAGAGUUGCAGGAAGUGCAUGUGUAACUCUGUGGGCACCGUGCCACACGCCUGCUCCUCUCCUGACGGAUGCCAGUGUGACCAGCUGUCCGGCCAGUGCCCCUGUCUACCAAAUGUUGUGGGUCAAAACUGUGAUCGCUGUGCACCGGAUACCUGGAAUAUCACCAGCGGGAACGGCUGUGAGCGCUGUGACUGCCACCCCGAGCACUCCUUUGGGUCCUCCUGUGAUAUGGUUUCUGGGCAGUGUUUAUGCAAUCCUGGCUUUGGCGGGAGGACCUGCCGGGAGUGCAGAGAACUGUUCUGGGGGAAUCCAGAGCUCAAAUGUCAUGCCUGUGAUUGUGAUCAUCGGGGGAUCUCCAGUUUGCAGUGCCAUCGUGCCACGGGACAGUGUACGUGUGUGAAGGGCGUGUCGGGCCUCAGAUGUGACAAAUGUGCAAGAGGGUCCAGGGGGGUCUUUCCGGAUUGUGAGCCCUGCCAUGAUUGCUUUGAAGGAUGGGACACUAUUGUCAAUGAAUUGACAAAUCAAACUCAGCGUCUUGAGGCACAAGUGACAGAGCUUCAGACCACUGGAGUAACAGCACCAUAUAAAGAACUCGUCAACAGUUUAGAUACAAAUGUCAAGGCUGUCCAAGACAUUGUGGAAAACAAUCCAGCAGCAACCAAGCUGAAUGAAAUACAGAAUUUACUGCACCAAAUAACUGGUGUGAUGUCCUUUAUCAACGGGAUGCUGAACACAACAAAGGGCACUUUGGAUGUUUUAAAUGGUGAUGCUAACAACACAAACACUACUGUGGUAGAACUGGCAAAUGAGGCCAAGAAGUUGGACCAAACUGUGAAGGAGCUCAGCCAGCAAGUAUUUGAUGCCAAAAAUUCCAAUCUACAAGGGGCCAUGGACACUAUUACUGAAUCACACACGGUGUCUUCCAAAGCUGAGGCCCGUGCCAACGUCUCCACUACUAUUCCUGGCAACACAGUGGAGAUUUCAGGGGCUGUACGGAAAGCCAUAGAAGACAAACUUAGCAGCAGUAAAAAAGAGUUUGAUCGAAAGCACCAACGCAAUUUGCAAAAGCUGGAUAAGCUGGAUGAUGAGUUGAAUACAUUUGACCUGUCUCCACUAAGCACAAAGAUGUGUGGAAGUGCAGUAGAAGGAGAGAGCUGCUCUGGCUCCCCCUGUGGUGGCUUAAGCUGCAUGACCAAAGAUGGGGAAUCUAACUGUGGAGGAAAAGGGUGUGAAAGUCUUAUGACAACAUCCCAAACUGCUUUGAAAUCCGCCAAAGAUUUAGACAAAGAUAUUGAUGCCGCCAUGCAGGAGGUGGACAAACUAUCAAAACUGGUGUGGGAUGCCAAAGUUCGAGCAGAUGAGGCAAAGAUAAAUGCUGUGGAGGUGCUGAAGAAAUCAAAUGAAAGCAAAGAAAGAGUUGAGCAAAGUAACAACCAACUACGAGAGCUUAUCAAAGAGAUCCGUGACCUUCUGUCCAAUGAGAAGGCAGACCUCUCUGUAAUUGAGGCUGUGGCUAAUGAGGUGCUGGCUCUGCAGAUGCCAGCUUCUACAGAGAAGCUGCACGAGCUGACACAAGAGAUAAAGGAAAAGGUGGGCAGCCUCACCAGCGUGGAGAGCAUCCUCACACAAAGUGCUCUGGACAUCAGCACUGCAGAAACACUUCUUAAGGAGGCAAAGGAGGCCAGUAACAAGGCGUCUGACACGCAGGAGAGAGCAGAUGUUGUGAAAGUGGCUUUAGAAGAGACUGAGAAGGCACAUAAUACUGCCGUUGGUGCUAUACAGUUGGCUCAGAACAACACGAAGAGCACACUGGACCUGCUUAUCUCAGUGGAGUCAGAAACGGCAACAUCAGAGCUGAAACUGAGCAACACUACAGGCCGCCUGGUUCAACUAGAACGAGAGGUCGGUUUCUUACGGCAGACUAACCUGGAAGUAAACAGCCUGGUGGAGACUGCAGAUGUGACCAGCGAGCAAGCCAAAGAGAGCGCAGACCAAGCUGAACAGGAGUUUAACCUAGAGGUGAAGGACAGAAUUGAAGACGUCCAGGACCUGGUUGAAGAUAAAGGGGAGUCUGUGCUUCAGGCGAGGAUACGAGCUGAUGAGCUGCAGCAGGAGGCCAAAGAGCUGCUGGCCCAGAGCAGUAGCAAACUCCAGCGACUCAAGGAGUUGGAGACCUCUUAUGGGACCAACCAGAGGAUUCUCGAGGACAAAGCCGCAGAGUUGGCAGAGUUGGAGGAAACAGUCCGUCGAAUCUUGGAAGAGAUCAGCUACAAAGUGACACUGUACAGCACCUGUGUCUGA